GAAAUCUCCUGCUGAGGGAGUCACAUCGCACCGUGAUCGAUACCUUCUCACUUCAAAUCAACCGCCUGCAUGACUACACAAAGUAUCUGAACUUCAACGCUCAUGGACUGUCUGAUCAUUCUUUGACCUGCCGAACAUCGCUAUCCAUUGUACUGCCCUGUCUUACCAUCACUUCGACACAACAACAAUGGAUCCUGUCUCUUCCGCCGCGAGCCGCGUCUUCCAUCUCCCAGAACUACUCGAAUCCAUUCUACUCCAACUCAACACGAAAGAUCUCCUCCUCGGUCAACGCACGACCCAGGACUUCCGCAACACCAUCCUAGGCAGUGUCCGACUUCGUCGCAAACUGUUCCUCGAACCCGACUGGGACCUGCAAGGUUGCGGCUUCGCUGCCAACAAUCUCAACAACCGCCCGGGUCGCAAACCGCUGAAUAACCACCUCCUCCUCCGUGCGUUUCCAGGCUGCUAUCCGACCAUCACCCUCGUCAUCGCCAGCGACAGCCGUUCGCAGCAGACGACCUUCGCGACACGCGGCAAGGACGAAUGGAGCUGGGACGUGUGUAUAUCCUUCCCAGCGGAUACAAAGCCCAUCGUCAGUCCGGCAGUUACAUACCCCGAAGCAAGCUGGAGGAAGAUGUAUCUUAGCCAGCCACCUUGCAAGAGCUUGUACCUCGUCCGGAGAUGGCAGCGAAGCCUGCGACCGGCGAUGGUGCGGGAAGAUGGUAUCACAAUGGGUGAUUUCUUUGAAGAGGUGACCACGGAUGCGCCGGGAAUUGAGGGCAAGAAGUGGCAUCACAGCUAUAUUAGCAGUGACCGGGAUUGGCACUUUGAGGGCAAUGUGAAGUGUGGUGCACUUGAGGAGUGAGCUGUGCGAAGGUGAAUUGCUGAAUUGCGGAGAC